ACCUCGAACCCUUUUCUUUCCGUUUCCGCCCGUAAAUUGAACUUCGCACAAGUUCAACUUUGGUUAUUCAUUUUUCCUUUUCUUUUUCCUUUUCAACCGCGUGGAGAGGCAACAAGUGGGAAGAAUAUUCAAGUACCGCCCAUGUCAGGUAGCAGCCCACGUUUCUUUUGCUAACAAUAUGGAGAAAAAAGGUGAGCAUGAUUCGGUUGUUGGUCUCCAUGGUGUCCAAUCCAUAAAGGUCAGAAAAACAAAGUUAGAAUACUUGGAUUUAAAAAAAAAUGAAAUAAUUGUUGAGUAUUGCAAAGUACCCAGCUUAUUAUCUAUAAAUUUUUAUAUGGAGUCAUCUCGGCUGAAAAAGGCACUUAAAAGGCAGGCCAGUAAUUAUCCGAUCGUAGCUGAUUCUUUUACACUUUGAAAUAGUAACAAGCGUAACUGUUGCAGGUGUACCUAGUGACCUACACAAAAUGUAUUUAAUGUGUUCGAGUACCGUAAUGCAUCUAACGAAGUAUUAUGUCCAGCAGCCGUCCGCUUGGACAAAUUCAAAACUGAAGUUUACCUGCAGUUCCAAACGAGACAUUUUUUUUUCUUCCAAAUUGGGAUACGUACUGGAGAGUAACCUGCACUGAUGGCUGGAACAGUAAGUUAAAAUAGUAAACAACUAAACCCAGAUUGGACGUUGCAUCAUAACGGGAAGUAAUUCAAAAAUCCUCAUGCAUACAUGAAUUGCCUUUGAUGAGGCCUUGUUGUCGGGACAUGGUAAAAACAUCUGCGGGUUUCAUGCCCAACACUUGAGUACAGUUCUGUAGAAUUGUAUAUCAUAUCUUAACGACUAUCCCAUGAAUAUAAUAAAACGACAGAAAGGUGACGGAUAACUAGUGCGAAACUACAUAAAUCCUUCGACGAUCAUAAAUUCAGAAAAGGCCAGGCCGUUAACGUGGUAGGGUUAUUUUUGGAAAAAUCCAGAAUCUACCAGGAGUAUAUAAGAUGACGUGAAAGAGAGAAAUCUCCAUCAUGAAGGAUCACAGAAUUUCAAAGAUGGUCGCCUACGUAUUGUUCACUGUAAUACUUGCCGUAACAAUCGCCGAGGAAAUUGGGGAAGACGUUGCAGAAAGUUGGGAAUUAAGAAGCCCACGAUGUGAGCACCACAAUCACGACGGAAAACGGCCGACGAAAUGGCUAGGAAAACUGAAGAGAACUAAAACGCAAUACGCUUCAUCGAAGCCCCAUUCACGACCGAAAUCUCAUUACGGACAACCUCAUACCCAUAACCGUCCUCCGAAACCGCAAUACAUCCCACCAGCCACCAAUUUUAGAGUCCCUCCUUACAAUCCACCAGCCUCUUAUCUACUCCCACAUUAUUCUCAAUCAGCCGUGCAGAAUCCUAACUCUCUUCAACAUGCAUCUUACCCUCCUCAGCAGAAACCACAGGUAUCUUACCCUCCUCAAAAGAAUACGCAAUCGCUGAGCUACGAUCCUCCAGCACAUGUCUCUCCUGCCCCCACGGAAGCUCCACUUCCCUCUUACAGUAAUACUCCCUAUCCUCAAAGUCCUGAAAAUUUUGAAGACCUUAGUCUUCCAAUGUCAGUUUACAUUCCGCCAGCGCAAGUUCACAAUCCGGCAGGUCCAUACUCUCCUGCACAGGCUCCGGUUGCAGCGUCUUACGAUCUAUCAGCAGCACCGCAUACAGAGAGCCCGAACAACUUUGCUGCAACAAACCUUCCAUCUGCAUAUAUCGAAGUGACUUCACCGCCUUCCUACACUGAAGCUCCCAGUCCCCAUGUUUAUAAUCCAACUACACCAGCCUAUGAUCCUCCGGUUACUAGUGAAACAGAGGCUCCUCACCUUCCUUCUUCACAAGUUCCAGUCUACGAUCCUCCAACGACGUACCCUCCACAAGCCAUCACAGAACACUCUGUUUACUCCUAUCCUUCUUAUGCUCAGUAUGAUGAAGCGUAUAGUCCUCCAGCGCUGACACCGGAACCGUACAAUCCUCCACCAGUGACUGAAAGCGCACCUGAAUCUUACGUCCCACCACAACAGCCUCAAAAUACGAUAGUUCCUUACGCUCCCCCAUAUCCUCCAAGCCUUGAUUCCGUAUCGUACUAUCCACCGGCCUCCACCGAGGCACCGAAUUAUUUUCCUUCGUCUUAUGACGAUGCUUCCUACUCUCAUUCUUACAAUCCACCAAGCUCCGAUUCUGCUCCGUAUUAUUCACCGGCCCCCACCGAGGCUCCUGAUUAUUUGCCUCCGUCUUACAACGAUUCUCCUUACGAUGGAUUGUAUAACCCACCCGAACAGAACAAAAACAUGCACGUUUCUUAUACGUCCCGACAUCCACUAAACCCCGAUUCCGCCCCGCAUUACCCAACUGUCUCUACCAAAAAACCGGAUUAUUUCCCGCCGUCCUACGUUGAAUCUCCUUACCUUGAAUCUUAUAAUCCUCCAGCGUCAAAGUACAACAUACCUGCAUCCUAUUCGUUCCCUAGUUUCCCCAGUUCUAAUUUUCCAUCCUAUUCUUUUCCAGCGUUCAUGGAGUCAGAUGAUCACUCCUCCAUUGGCUACAAAGAUGUUCGUUACCUUUCGACGAACGACAGAACGUCAGCUUACAAUCCCAGUCACAAAAAUGAAGAAUUCUUUCAAUCUGGCAGCUUUCCCCGGUUUAACGAGUUCUUGCAACAAAUGUUGAGAGGUAAAAUGUAACAAAAAACCUGAAACAUCAGUGAGCGGUACAGUUGCAAAUUCCAGCACGUCUAGUUUACAGUUGCUAAAUCUUCCUCAGAUUGCAUUUUUUAAGUGUUACAUAGUGGGUUGGGAUAUCUUGUUAUGCUCUAUUGAAUGGGAUGAUAUUUAAAUAUUACAUUUUUAGUUAAAUGAUGCUACAAAAAAAAAUAC